AUGCAGGUGCAGUGGGCAUCCGACCAAAGUCGAGUGCUGUCUUCCGCGGACCCCACGCAAGUGACGUCGACUCCCGACGUCGAGAAAAAGACUACGGCGGUCCGCACAGAAGGCGCGGCGAGCCCUGCUGAGGCCGCAGACAAAGACGUGGAGCGUCGGCUAGUGACGAUGUUCAAGCGGCAGCUCAAGGCGUUCCUGUUUCCACCGAAGAUGAGACAGGGUUUUCUGUUUCCUUUAGACGUCGAGGACAAACGCAUCCUCGACGGUAUGCCCAUACGACCCAUUCGACAGGAGCGUAGCUUCCCGUGGAUGAUACACCCAAAGACCACCUUCAGGAACGCGUGGGACUUGUGCAUGGUGGCGAUGAGCUUCGCCAGCGUCAUCCUCGUGCCUCUGAACAUCGCCUACUUCGAGAGCGCCCAGAGGGAGCGAUACGAAUGGCGCCUCUUCAACAUCGCAUCCGACGUGCUCUUCUUCGUUGACGUAAUCUUCAACUUCAGGACAGGCAUUGCCAUGAAGGAAGCCCACGGCCGCAUCAACAUGGAUCCGGAAUACGUGGCGGUACAGUACCGACGGGGCUGGUUCUACGUGGACUCCUUCUGCUGCCUGCCGCUAGACUACACCGCCAUGGUUGUGAUGCACACGGGUAACGUGGCCAACGACCCAUCCACCACGUCAGCAUACCCCAGCAUCCUGCGCAUCAACAAGCUGCUGGCACUGCCCAAGAUUGGCCGGCUCACCACCGUAAUCAGGAACCUAGCCGGCGUCGAGGAGAACUUCUUCGUGUAUUCCAAGGGAGUGUACGUGCGCCUCCUGUUCCACUUGGGCAUGCUCUUCCUCCUCAUCCACUGGCACGGUUGCCUGCAGUACUACGUGGACCGCCUGGAAGGGUUUCCCGUCAACUCCUGGGUGGCGCGUCUCAGCCUAGUGAAUGCGUCGUGGCCGGUGCAGUACUCGUGGUCGGUGUACGGCUCGACUUCCAUGAUGCUGGGCGUCGGGAUGGGCGCCACCGAGGCCGACAGCAUGACCGACUCGUGGCUGCGCUGCGGCUGCAUGGCCACGGGUCACGCCCUGCAAGCGCUGCUGGUGGGCGCCUGCAUCGACAUGAUCACCUCCAUGAACUACACCUACCUCAGGAACAGGCAGAGGAUACGCGACCUGGAUGACUACAUGCAGUACAAGAUGCUGCCGAUGAAUCUGCGUCGCCGUAUUCGAGACUACGCCGAGAACCGGUUCAAGGGGCUCGUCUUCGACGAACACCAGAUCAUCCAGUCGCUCUCGGAUCCCUUACGGGAGGUUCGUGGAAGGUGGUGGUCUCAGGUUGGGAAAGAUGCCGAUUUCUGCAACCUAUAA